AUGUAUUUUAAUGGUAAUAAAAAAAAAAUUGAUAAUAAUGGCAUAAUUUUUACAACUAUAGGAAAAAUUAAUAUCGAUGAUCUUAUAAAAAUAAGUGAAAGAAAUGAAAGUUAUGUUGAUUAUUUAGGUUAUCUUAUAAAAAAUAAAUCUUUAAAAAGAUUGAAAUAUAUAUUCAAGAGUCAUUUAGUAAAUAGUCAAAUUGUUAUAACUAAUUUUGUCGAUGAUUCUAAUGAAGUUUUGAACAGCAAAUAUAUAUAUGAAAAUAUUACAAAAAAAAAAACUUCUUAUUUAUUAAAAAAUGUAUAUUUAUCAAGUUUUUUCAGCAAUGAUUACAUAAAUUAUAUUAUUAAAAACUAUAAACAAAUUAUGAUAUCUUUUAAUUGUAAAUAUGAUAACAAAAUAUAUAUAAAUAAUAAUUUUGUUUAUUUUUAUAUUAAUGAUUACACAAAAAUGAGAUUAAUUACUCACAAAAAUGUAUAUAAAGACAAAAACAAAUUAAAUCAUGUUAUUGUUAUAGAUAUACAUAAUGAAACAAAAAAAUUAGAAAAUGAUGAUAAUUUAUAUGAAAAUAAUGAAUUUACAUGUUAUAAUAAAUCUAUUAAUGAAAAUGAUAGUAAUGAUAAGUAUCGGUGUAAUAACACAAUGGAAAGAAAUUAUAACUUAAGUGUUAUAUUAAAAAAGAAUUAUGAUCAAUUUAAUAAAUAUGAAAAUACAAAUAAUAAUAAUAACAAGUUAAAAGAAACAUAUGAAAAUUUUUUUACAGAUUUUUAUACAUAUCCAGUUGAUUUACUUUGUAUUUUUAAUAAUUGUGAUGAAAAUUUUACAGGAAUAUUAAGAAAUGUUUUAGCAAAUAAUAAAUCAAAAAAUGUGCAAAUAUACUUAAUUAAUUUAAAAUACCAUGAAUGUUAUUAUAAAAUAAGUGGAAGUAUUUGUUUGAAAGAUUCAUGCAAAUUUACAUAUAAUAAUUUUAACAUAAAUAAAAACCAUAAUAUUAUGAAUAACCAACUUGAUGAUAUUGAUAAUCAGAUAAAUAUGAAUAAAGUUGUUGAUAUAUAUAAAAAUAUUUUUUCGAAUGUUCAAAAUGAGUUACACAAUUUAGACGAAAUACCUGUUGACAAUGAGUUAAGACAUCUAUCUAAUUUAAGUGUUAAUUCUAUAAAUAAUGAAAAAGAUUUAAUUUUCGAUGGUUCAAAUUAUUCAAAUAAAGGAAAAAAAUUCCAUGAUUCAUAUAUAUAUAUGAGAAAGAAAGAUGCAGAAUAUUUUUAUGAACUUAAUAUGGAUUAUAUAGAAAAAGAAUUUUUAGAGACAAAUGAGUAUGUAGAAAACAAGAAAAAUGAAAAAAGUACAUUUAAAAAUAUAUACACUCAUGAAAAUAAUUAUGAUUUUGAUAUUUAUGAUUUAAAAAUAAACAACAAAAAUGGGAAAGAAUACAAUAUAAAUGAUAAGAAAUUUUACAUUAAUUAUGAUUCAUCUAGUAGUGAUGUAAGUUUGUCCUUUAUAGAAAAUAUUAAAAAUACUAAAAUUUCAAAAAUUAAUAAGAAAGAAGAUAUUUUAAAACCUUCAACAACCAAUGAUUUCUUAAAAAAAUAUAUGAAAUCAAGUAAUCUAGAACAAAAUAAGAAUGAUGAAUCCUUAAACUUAGCUACUAAUGAAAAGAAAGAAGAAAAUAAAUUAGAUGAAAACAAAAGAAUAUAUGAAGAAACAUUAUUGAAUAAUAUGGAUUUAGAAAAAGAUGAAAGUGAAGAACAAUACAAACUUAAAAAAAUUAAGAAAGUUCUCAAUUUUUUACAAAAAAAUAGGGAAGAUUAUUUUAAAAUUAAUAAAGACGUAUUAAACGAAGAAAAUCUUUAUUGCAUUAUGGAUAAUUUUUCAGAAAUAGGAAGAGAAAAAAAAAAAGAAGAUAUAAAGAAAAAAAAGUUUGAUGAAUUUGUAAAUUACUUAAUUGAAUUUAUAGGUAGAAUUCAUUUAGAUAUUAAAAUAAACAUUAAAAAGAAUUCCAAAUUUCUUGUCAAGAAGCUAAAAAAUUAUUAUCAAAUACAAAAAAUAAUUUUAAAUAAUGGUUUAAUAAAUAAUUGUAAUAUAUAUAAUAUAUUUAAUUUUUUAAUUGAUAAAUUAAUUAAAAAAAAUGUAGAAAAUAAAAAUAAGUUGCACUAUGUUUUAUCUAUUUUUGGUCAGGAUUACAAUUUUAUUAAUUACGAUAAAUAUUUUCAGGAAACAAGAAGUCAGAGCUCUAUUCACAUAUUUUUUUUUUAUUCUAAUGAUAAAAUAUAUAUAAUGAUUUUAGAUACAGUAAAUAGAUUGUUAUAA